CGAGUCCGAGCUCUCGCGCUGCGACGCCAGUGAGUAUUGUCGUCGGCGCGCGCCAAGUGCCAAAGAGUCCACGAGCGCUCGCUUUGAUGCGAUGCUUGCAAAUCUAGAGCACGAGUCUCGAUGGUUGUCUGAGAAGGACCCCGCCCUCGACCGCGCAAGAGGAUCCGCUAACGUCACCCAUGACGGCAACUCCUUGUCGCUCGAUCAGCGCCCACGUUUUACACCGGCGCGUGUCCAGCCCUCAUCUGCUUCUUCGUCACGCAAGUCUUCGACGAGGCCAAGCUUGGAGUGGGCCCACGUACACAAGGCGGACGCCGAAACCGCGGAACUCGUUGGCACGACCAAGAAAAACCUCUCGCAGGACAAUCACGCGCUGCUGGCGCGCACCCGACAAGACCUUUUAAGCCAGCGACAGCGCGAGCUUAACGACAUUUUACUGCGCAACGAGCACCAAAUGGAGCUCGAGAAGCAAAGCCUCGUGGACAGGCUCAGUGUAGAGUCCAAACUGCGGCGAGCAGCGCUCCAAGCGGAGCUGGACGAAGAGCGCUCACGCAUCAUCCGCGAGAUUGAAGCCGCCCAUCACGCAGAAGAAGACAAGGUUGAAGAUGAGGCUCGCGCCACCCUGGCGCGCGAGCUCCAAGCGGAGCGUGACAUUUCUGCCCGCAAGCUACUUGCGUCUCGUGAAGCGUUGCUGGCACAGCUGCGCGCCGAGGCCCUUCAACGCCAUGAAAGAGAGAUGCGGGAAGAGCUCGAGAAGCUCGAGGACGCCCUUUCCAUGGGAUCGAAGCUUCGUUUGGAUCAACUGCAGCAGCAGCUCACCCAUCGAGCGCAAACCAAGCUCCGCGAUGUCGAAGACAGAGCCAAGGUCGCCCUCGAGGAAGAAAUGGAGACCUUGUCCAGCAAGCACGCGACACAACUCACGACUAAAGUACAUGCGAUGCAAUCCCACCUCGCAGAGCAGCACCGAGUCGAGGUCGCGCGCCUACAACACAAGCUCUCGAUCGACGAGACGCGCGUUCUGAACGACCUUACCGAGCUCCAAGUCGCAUACGAAAACGAAUUUGCGGCGCGCCUGGUGACGGUGAGGGCGUCACUCGAGGCUGACCUCGCCCAGCGCACGGAGGUUUACUUGCGUGCGCAACGCGCCGAAGUGGCGACAGCUAUCGAGAGUGCGACGGCGCACUUCCACCAGCGGCUCGAACGACUCCGACGCGAGUUGCGCUUGGUUGCGGGCAAAGUCCCACCGUCCACUAGGUUACACACGGUGCAAACACUUGCCGACGUUGCCACGUGGGUUGACGCGGUCGCGUCCGAGGUCGCUGACGUGGCAGGCCAGCAGGCAGGUCUCCUGGACACGCUCGAGAAGCUCGCAAAGCAGCUCGUCGCCGCGCGCCGUGAGAAAGCCGAUCUUGAAGCCGAGGUCCAGCGUGUGAUAUUGCAACUCGACGAGAAGGACCGCGCAUGCCAGCAGUUGUACCUUGCCAACGAGAGCCUACUCCAGCGCUUUCGGGAGCCAACAAAGCCAUAA